GUCAUGGAACAACUUAUUCCAGUUUUCAAAAGAAAGUAAUAUUUGGAUGGGUUUUUUCCCCCCUUUCAUCUUUGAUUCAGUACCAGAAAGGAGAAUGGAGCAAAAUGAAAUUUUAUGCAUUUAAAGGAACUGUACUGAACAACAAAUUCUGAAUUUCUAUUUACCACAAUCAGAAUGUUUGAUCAAAAAAAGAGGAAAAAACAAAUGCUAUAAUGGGAAAAUGGGAAAAACUGCUGAGCUUUGAUCAUUUAUGAUGUUGCAAUCUCAACAGGAAGUCUCAAAUUGAAAGCAUAGGAGGAGGAUAAAGAUGGAUUUUUUAAUGUCAUUCUUUUUCAAGGCUUUGCUUCUUUUUGUUGCGGUUAACUUGGAAAAGUUAAUCAUGGAACCUAAAGCUGGCAGCCUUGGUGGUGGAACCUGGAUCACAAUAAACUUUGAUGGUCUCUCUCAUUUGGUCAACUGGUCACAGCUCGAAGUGGCAUUAUGGAAUCCAGAACUGCCUCCAGUAAUGCUGUGUGACAUUAUGCCUGCCAGUUUCUUCAUGUCCACAAUAAAAUGCCAAACAAGAUCUUCUCCACGGGAAGGAUUUUACCAUCUCUUGUUGAGUUUGAAUGGACAGAGUAUCAGCAACCAAGAUGAAUUACAUGAAGAGAACUGUACAUUCCAGUACUCUGUUGCAGAGACACCUGUGGUGUUUCAAGUAAAUCCCCCAUAUGGAGUCCCAGGAAAUGUAAUACAAAUUUAUGGUCGGAUUCUGGCCCAGGAUUAUGAAACUUAUAAUUUCAACGUGGACUUUAUUGAUGGGCCUGUAAUCCUUGAGGCAGAAAAUGGCUGGAUAACUAUUUGUUCUCUUGCCAGUCAGCAGACACGUAGCAUUUAUCCUAUUCAUCUAAUUGAUGGCCUGGGAACUGUAGCGUGUGAAGUAGAAGGCAACUAUAUUGGGUCACACAAUGUUAGCUUUUCAGUGUAUAACAAGGGAAAGUCAAUAGUACACAAAGAUGCUUGGCUUAUAAGUGCUAAACAGGAACUUUUCUUGUACCAGACAUUCUCAGACAUUUCUUCAGUGUCUCCUGCUACAGGCAGCCUAGGUGGUGGAACUGAUCUCACCAUCACAGGGGACUUCUUUGAGACACCUAUGAAAGUCACAGCUGCAGGUACUCCCUGCCAAAUUAAACAUAUUACUCCACAAAAGAUAAUCUGUACAACUGGAGCAGUAGACAAUAAUAGAACAUUCAGUGAAAUUCAACCAGGAAACAGGGGCCUUCUUUUUGAAGUUUGGGAUGGUUCAGACACUAAUUUCACUGAAGCGAUUCCAGGAUACAGCUGGCAGAUUGUUCCUAAUGCCAGUUCUCCAUACAAUUUUCUGCCUGAGAAACAGAAGCCGUUCAGUGCACGACUCCGUGGUUUUUUUGUGGCACCAGAGACAAAUAAUUAUACAUUUUGGAUUCAGGCAGAUGGCAAAGCUUCUUUAUAUCUAAGCCUCUCAGAUGAGCCAAGAAAAAAGGUGGAAGUUGUAUCAAUUCCUACUGGCACCACUGAUUGGUCAGCACUUUGGGAAGAAGAUUGGUUUCAUCCUAGGAAGCCCAAAUCAGAGAAAUAUGAGCUAAUUGCUGGUACAAUGUACUAUGUGGAAGCUGUGCAUCAUGGGAUAUCCCCAAACAAUGGAAUGAGCAUGGGAUUUCAGUUGCACAAUACCUGGCUGAACCCUGAUGUGGUUGGUACUUAUCGCAGAGAGAGAUACAGAAUACAAGCCAGUGCUAUCCAGCUUCCAGAGAUACAGAUGCUGAUAUUGUCUGGCAAAGGAUGGUUCAGUCUUGCUUGGGACAAUGUGACCAGCAAUCCCAUGUCAACAAAUGUUACUGCUGAUCAAAUGCAGCAUGAACUGGAGGAACUUCUUUCAGUAAAAUGUGAAAUAGAGCCAUCAUCUGCUAAUAUUUUUUUGCAAGCAAGGUUUGAGCAAAAUACUGAGAAUCCAGUCAAUGGUGGAGUCCUUGUCAGUUGGACAGAACCCUUUUGUGGAAGAUUCAGCAAUCUCAGGCCAAAAAGUCUUAUCAAAACAUCUCAAUUAAUCCCUCCUUAUGAUGUCACUACAUACACACACUUGUGCUUUGCAUACAAAGGCUACAUGAGCAAUACCCUCUCCAUUGCAGUGUCUUAUUCCAAUACCUUAUUAGAUACUGUGAAGAAACAUGUGACUUGCCCAUGGAAUCUGAAAUCCAGUCCAGAAAGCUGGAAAUUCAUAUGCAUCAACCUUUGGAGAGACUGUCUGUAUAAUUCUGAAUUCCUUAAUGAUCUUCCCAAAAAUUCUUCAGUGUUUUUGCACCAGAUUGAUGUAGAAGCUCCUGCUGCUGCAACAGAGACAUAUGCCUGGUUUUUCAUUGAUGAGAUCAUUGUUUCAGAUCAAGAUGUAUUUGUUUUUCAGAAGGAACCCUGGUCAUCUCGCCCACGUGGGAACCUCAUAGAAUCUGUCUUGGUUGCUGGCAUCCCACCUGUAUUUAAUGUAUCUUUUUUUGUAGCAAAUUAUCACAAGAACCUUCCUCUUCUCUCACUCAGCGGAGGUAUGCCUUUGGAGGGACCUGAAGGGACUGAUCAAUUGUUAAUGUCUAUGAAUGAGACAGGAAUCAAUUUGGCAGUCCAAAGGAUACAAGGUGCAAGCCCACCUCUUGGAGGAACUUUUCAAAUUCAUCUGCCUGACAUGGUGAUUCCAGGAAACCCAGUGUCCAUCUCUGCCAAUCAACUCCACAGCCUUCUUCAAAAUUUCAGUGAUAAUUUUACAGCUCAGUACAUAAAUGCCAGUGACUUCUUUGUAUCUAAGAUUUCACACAACUCUUAUCAAAGUAUAUGGACACUGAGCUGGACUUCACUGAUUGGUGAUUUGCCCAAUUUUAUCAGGGUCUCUGAUGAAAAUCUCACUGGUCUUAACCCAGCAAUAAUAAGCUAUGUAGUAUUUGAUGGUGGAGUUUUCAUUGAUCCCAUAUUUGGAGAUAUGCUUGCUACCCCCAAUAACUUUACACAGGUUGUAGUUACAGUGAAUGACAUUCCAGCAAAUUGUUCUGGCUCAUGCACUUUUCAGUAUCUCAGGGAAAUGACUCCUUUAGUCAGUAGCAUUGACUAUUCAUCAGAUGAUACUGAACACAUAAUAAUUCACAUUAUAGGAUCUGGCUUCACUGCAGACCAUCAAUCAUUGCUCAUAGAAGCAAACAACCUAACUUGCAAAGUCCUAACUUCAAACCACACUAAUGUCCUUUGUCAUAUGAAUGUAUUACAAGUUGGAUUGUAUAAGGUGACAUUAUUGGUAAGACCUUUUGGAUUUGCAGUCAAUGCCAGUGGAGAAAGUAGUAUCUUCCUGAAGAUUACACCUAGAUUGACUUCUGUUGAACCUUCAACAGCUUCAGAGAUAGGAGGACUUACAGCGAUUCUAUCAGGUUCAGGCUUAGAUGGUAUAAACACAGUACUCUUUGGUUCUCAACCUUGUCCCAUCAAUUUUAAUGCCAGCAAUGCAGUGAAAAUGGAAUGCAGGCUUCCUCCUUGGAAAGGAGGAGAAGAUAUUACUGUUCAUCUAACCCUAAUUAAUGAACAUGAGUUGAUUGUCUUUGCCAAUGCUUUUACCUAUAACUCUUCUCUAAAUCCAUGCAUUGUGUCAAUGAACAGAAAUAAAAGUGGCAUAACAGGAGGUCAGCUGCUUGUGAUAGGUAUUUCUUCAUUUUCCAACUAUACUCCAUUUGAUAUGAAGGUCAAAAUUGGGGACACUGCCGUUCAAAUUCAAACAGUAACAGAUCGUGGAAUCAGUGUAUUGCUGCCUUCUCUUGCAGAAGGAUUGCAUAGACUUUCAAUAUUCCUCCAUCAUUUCCCACUCAACACAAGUGGAUUGGAGCCAUCAAUCCAGUAUGUUACAGAGAUCUUCAGAAUAGAACCAUGUUGUGGCUCCUUCCUAGGUGGAACAUUGCUCACCAUUUCUGGAACAGGUUUUAGCAACAGCCCAGCCUUGGUCUUGGUCCUGAUUGAUUUUCAGCCCUGUGCUACAAUCAGCCUAACUGAAGAUAAAAUUCUAUGUCGGACCCCACCACCCACUCAGCCAUCUAAUACCAUUCUCAAAAAUCUUCUGGCAGAUAUAGAAGUAUACAUAGGCAACCAGUCAUUGGUAGACCCAUUUCAAAUGAAAAUCUUUAAGAAUUACACUUUUCUUUACAACAGGUCUUUAACUCCAAAUAUCAUAAACAUUGAAACAGAAAUAUUGAACAAUAGAGUGCACCUAGGCGUAGAAGGAAUCAAUGUAACAAAUUCAGUAGCUAUCCUGGGACAUGUGGAAUGUCCCCUUGAAGUACAGAAGAUCAACCACUCUAUAACUUGGUCUCAGUGUUCCUUAUCUCUAAGUCUUCUAGAACCAGGACACUAUGUUAUGAGAGUUCUCCAGAAGCAAAUGGGCUUUGCCAACAUACCGGCUGAGAUGCAGCAUUUUACCAUAUACCCACAGAUAAAGACUAUCUCUCCAUCUCGUGGCUCAGUGUGUGGUGGGCAGUUGCUCACAAUAUCUGGCCAUUCUCUCAAAUCUUGGUCAAAUUCUGCUUGGGUAAAUCUGACAGGCAACUUGUCUUGUGAUAUCCAACACUCGACUGAACACAGCAUAAUAUGUGCCCUUUUUUCAAGUGAUCCCAUUUUGGAUGAUCAGCAGUUUCCUAAUGUACACCAAGCUCUUAAUAUCACAGUGAAUGUCAAUGGAAUGUAUAGCCGUUGCCUAGGAGACUGCUCGUUUCAUCUUUUUGCAAACAAGACUCUUGUUAUUGAUGCUGUCACUGUGAGGUUUUCUGGGAUCUUAAUUUACUUGUCAAUCAGAAUUCAAAAAUUAGUUUGGGCAGGGGAUGAAAUCCUUAUAGAGGUGGAUGGACAUCUCCCUUGCAAUAUAACUUUCUUGAACAAAACCAGUAUUGAAUGUCAGAUGCACAGCCUUGAUGCAAAAGAACAUAGCAUUUCAGUAUUGAGCAGAAGCUGGGGUUCAGCCUGCCUGAGACAGAAAGACUCCAAUAUCUUUAGAGUUACUCCUGUGGUGCUCCAUCUUUAUCCCCAGAAUUUCAGUAUCAAUGGCGGAGGCCUCCUGACCUUAGAAGGUACAGCACUUCAAGGCAGGACCAGCACUUCAGUUCUCAUAGGAAAUCAGAAGUGUCUCCUCACCAAAGUCACAUAUUGGGCCCUUAAGUGCCUUGUGCCUUCAGGCCAAGGCAUUGCAAUCGUGGGGCUCAACAUAGACAAUAUGUCGUAUCCUGCUGGGGAAAUAAGCUACAGUGAAGAAUUCACCCCAGUUUUCCUCUCCCUUCUGCCUUUCACAGGCCAGUUUCUCACAAUAAUGAUUUCAAAAGUUAGGCAAAUGGAAGACAUGUACGUUUUCAUUGGAGGCUCUUCCUGCAUCAAUGUUACUAGCAAAAGUACCAGUUUGCAAUGUGUGCUUCCUCAGCUUUCUACUGGAGAAUAUAAUGUGACAGGUGGAAUUGUGCAGAGGGGCUGGGCCUCCUCCAGUUUGGUAUUCACUUCAGUCCUGACAGUUAUCACAGUGAAAAACAGCCAUGGCAAUCUUAAUGGAAGAGAAAUAUAUAUACACGGAAAUGGAUUUUCUCCAGGAAAUACCUCCGUUACCAUUUGUGGUUCUCCUUGUGAAAUGCUGAAUGUGACCACCACCACUGAUUUGAGCUGCUUAACGGGGCCGUUGAAUGCAUCUAUAGCAGUUCUCUGUACUUUGACAUAUUCUGCAGAAGAGAAUGGCGAAGACUGCAAAGCAGCUGGUGCAACACUCAUUCAGUGUGACAUCCAAAUUGAAGCAAAUGCUGAUGUUGUUACAGCAGCCACCCCAUUCCUAUUCUUUUGUGAUGAUUUGGCUUAUUCCUCUUUAAGGCCUAACAAGACCUCUAUCAACUUUUCUGGCCUCCUUCUCAGCCCUAAAGUGGAAAGAGAUGAAGUUCUCAUCUAUAAUAGCUCCUGUAACAUUACCAUGGAAACUGAGGCAGAGAUGGAGUGUGAGGGACCUAAUCAGCCAAUUACCGCCAAGAUUACUGAGAUAUGGAAAAACUGGGGCCAGAACACUCAGAACACCUUCCAAAUUCAAUUUUGUGGACGAUGGUCAAAAAACUUGACCUGGCUUAAUGGACAUCCACCACAAGAUGGCGAUAAUGUCAUAGUAGAAAGAGGACAGAUUUUACUAUUGGAUACUAACACAAGCAUUCUUAAUAUGCUUCAUGUCAAAGGUGGCAAGCUGGCAUUUAUUGGCCCUGGUCCCCUAGAACUUCAUGCUCAUUCCAUCCUUGUGUCUGAUGGAGGAGCACUUCAGGUUGGAUCUCCCAGAAAGCCAUUCUGUGACAUGGCCCAUAUCCAUCUUCAUGGAAGUGCCUAUUCUGAAGAGAUUUUCCCAUAUGGAGCGAAAUUUCUGGCUGUGAGAAAUGGAACCCUGUCCAUGCAUGGCUGUGUCCCCAAAAUAUCAGUCACAUAUUUGAAAUCAGCAGCAUACUCCAAUGAUACAAAGUUGAAUUUAAUGGACUUUGUGGAUUGGAAACCUGGAGAUGAAGUUGUGGUAUGUGGAGGAAGCUUUGAAGGUACUCAAAAGAAAAAGGAAAUUCUUACCAUUAAGGAAAUAAAUGGUACAGAACUCUACAUUACAUCUCCACUAAGGUAUUCUUACACUGUUACUAAGAAGCAGGUUGUCGAAGAGCAUCUUGCUUUUAGGGCUGUUGUGGCAUUGCUGAGUAGGAAUCUAAUCAUCCAAGGAAAUGUCACAAGUGAAAAAGUUUCCCAUCUGCAACUCUGUAAAGCAGCAGCUAUUUCAGGAGAUAACUCAAAGUGCCUCUAUAAGAGAAGUGAGAGAAAACCUGGGUCUCAGGACAUGGGGGGUAUUGUCAUUGUGGAAUCCUAUUAUGAUGAAGAGAGUCUGCUACAUUUGGCAGGGGUACAGUUCUAUCAUGUGGGACAAGCAUUCCAAAAGCAUUUCAGUGCACUGACCGUGGUUGGAAAUGCUCCAAUGACUAAAUCUUAUAUGCAACAUUGUGUUGUACUGGAUUCUUUUGCUCAGGGAGUUAGCUUAUCAGGAAUAUCAGAUUUCAAGAUUGAAAAUAAUACUUUUUGCAACAUUAUGGGCCAUGGAAUUAAAAUAGGAGCAUGGCAUGGCAAUAAUAAAAUAAGACACAAUACAAUUAUUGGAUUACUGCGCACUGAUGGCCUUUCCAAUACUGAAGUUCUGUCCCCAGCUGGAAUAUAUAUCCAGUCUCCUGAUAAUUUGAUAGAGAGUAACAUGGUGUGUGGCACCGGACAUGGUUACUUUUUUCACCUUCCUCCUUCAAAAUUCGGAGAACCGGUGAUGUCCUUCAGUAAUAAUGUAGCACAUUCCUGCUCUAGGUAUGGACUCCUCAUACAUCCAGCAUAUCACCCUCAAAAGGGAAACAAUACAAAACCUGUUACAUUCCAAAAUUUUACUGCCUGGCAGUGCAAAGGUGGAGUAAAGAUUAUUAGCACCAGCAAUCUCCAGUUUUGGAACUUCCACAUCUCUUCCUGCAAAGAUUUUGGUAUCAACAUUGUGGAAAGUCUUGGAAACACUUCCGUUGUCAACAGUGUACUAAUUGGCAGCUUCCAGGAAAAGGAAUUUCAGCAUGCCAAAAUAUAUCUCAAGGCAAGGGAGCAGGAUAGAAGCUGUAUGUUGACAGGGCUGAAAACUCCUCAAAAGCAUGAACUAUUGAUUUCACGUGCAACCUUUAUGAACUUUGACAGUCACAACUGCACUGCAAUUACUACCUGUUCUGGCUGUUACCAAGGUCAAGGAGGCUUUACUGUCAGAACAGAACAAAUCCUCCUCCUCAAUGCCCCAAACUGGCUAUCAUUUCCAUUCCCUCAUUGUGCCAUCCUCAAAGAUCUAGAUGGCUCUUUCACCGGACAACCAGGAAGUCAGAUCCUUCCUUCUCUGGAUAUUCUUCCAGAUUCCUGUAGGACAAUUGUCAAUGCCAGUCAAGCUGUCAAUGCCAGUUGUUGUUUUGCAAAUGUUACUUUUCAUCGUAUGUCUAUUAGCCUAAAUUCCCCAAUCUUUUCAUCUAAUUUAACUGUAACUAAUAGUCGCAAUAAGGUGAUCACUGUCAAUUACAUGUCUGACACUUUAUCAAAUGCCAAUGGCUGGAUGAGUCUUCUUUUGGAUCAAGAAAUUUAUACUUUGUCAUUCAGCAGUCCUCUGUUUCAAAGAAAUUUGCAGUAUAUAGCUACAUUUGAUAAUUUUGCUGUUGGCAAUUACCUAUUAUUGGAGCAUGAAGGGUUGCCAGUCCACAGUCAAGUUACAGUGCUUUGUGGAAGAAGGCAAGGGUCACUACUCCAGGCUGUUCCUUCCCAUAGACAUCACAAGGGUUGUGACUGGUUUUUCAACAAGAAAAUUAACAAGUUAACUUAUUUAGUUACAGGGAGAGGCCUAAUCCAAGUGACACUUAAAGUUGAAGACAUAUUCCCUUUAUCAGAACCAGAUCCAGUUUCUUCUUUUUCUCCUCCUGUUUACAGAUGGUCCCUUAUUGAAUCCUGGAAUGAUGUGACAAAGGGCUGGGGCGGCUACAAUAAAAGUAUACCAUCAGCUGAUGAAGAUGUCAUCAUUUUACCAGACAGAACUGUCUUGGUGGAUAUGAAUCUUCCACCCCUACGAGGUCUUUAUAUCCAGGGCACAUUGGAAUUCUCAUUAAACACCAGCCAUCUCCUGAGCGUGACCUGUAUUGUGAUUGCUGCUGGUGGUGUCUUGAAAGUGGGCACACUGCAGUAUCCAUUAGAAGAAAGGAGAAAGGUACACAUUCUCCUUCGGGCAUCUGAGAGAGUAAAUUGUGAUCGAUUGAAUGGUUUGAACGUUGGUGCUGGAACCAUUGGUGUUUUUGGGAAGUUGCAGUUGCACAGUGCUUACACCAAGAAGUCAUGGACACAUCUUGGAAAUGAUGUUGCACCUGGAAAUGAAAGGUUUAUGGUGCAAGAUCACUUGGACUGGCAUCCGGGGGACAGUAUUGUUGUCAGUUCCUCUUCAUAUGAAGCCCAUCAAGCUGAAAUAAUCACUUUAGAAAAAGUUAACAAUCGUAGCAUUAGGAUCCGUGAACAUCUUCUCCAUAGACAUAUUGGGCAUUCCCAUAGAUUAGAAGAUGGUCAAUGGAUUCUCCUGGCUGCAGAGGUUGGGCUUCUGACAAGAAACAUUCAGAUUAAAUCUGACAUGGAUUGCAUAGGAAGACUUCUGGUGAGACCUUGGAGCUAUGCAAACCAAGAUGCAGGUGUGCUUCAACUUUCAAAUGUUGAAAUUUUGAACUUUGGAUCUUCACAGUCUCCAUCAGUUGACAUUACUAAUUCAUCCUUCAAGUCUUUCAUAAUUUCCUCCAGCAUUCACCACAGCUGUGGAGUUGGUAUUCAAGCCAUUACAAAUAGUGGGCUCUUGCUACGUGAUAAUGUGAUAUUCAGUACAAUUGGGCACGGUAUACAUUUAGAAGGCCAAAAUCAUAAACUCAUCAGCAAUCUUGUUGUCUUAAGCAAACAACCAGAAACCUCGAAUUUCUGGGUUGCUGGCAUCAAAACAAAUGCAGUAGAAAGUGUUAUGCUACAUAAUAAUAGUGUGGCAGGUUCAGAACGGAUAGCCUUUCAUAUCAAAGGUCAAGAAUGUUUCUUAGCAGAAGAUCUUUACAAUGGCAAUGUAGCUCAUUCAAGCCUUCAUGGGGUUCAUUUAUAUAAAGGAGAUGGCUUUCCAAACUGCACUAAAAUUAUAGGCUUUUUGUCUUACAAAAACUAUGACUAUGGGAUAAUGUUUCAUCUUGUAGGAAGUGUAGUAGUUGAGAAGGUGACAUUGGUGGACAAUGUUGUGGGACUCUUGCCAGUACUUUAUGGACCAUCAACUAAGCUGCACUGUCACCAGAAAAAACACCUGAAACUAAGAAACUCUGUCUUUGUGGCUACUAGCACUUCCUUUGAUUGCAUCAAGGACAGAAUCCAUCCUCUUUCAGCCAAUGUGACAAUUACAGACCGAGCUCCACGUAAUCCCCGGAGAGGCCGAAUUGGCAUGUUAUGGCCAUCUUUUACCUUGGACUGUAAUUGGUGGCCUGAUGCUCCAUGGCAUAAAAUAAGAAAUUAUUCAAUAAUUAUGGGAGUCACAACUCUACAAGAUAUAACCUUUGAUGGUUUUAAAAAGAGUUGCUAUACUGAUGACCAAGACAUCUGCAUCAUGACAAAUCCCGGACAUGGAGGCAUCUUGCAUCUGAUCACAUCUGAGCAGACCAGAAUGCUCCAUAUCAGGGAACAAAAUAUGUUCUAUUUCCAUCCACUGCAAAUGAGCGUAAAUGAAUCAAUACCUGGCUCAUCUGGUAAUGCGAUUUGUGGGAGGUCAAGGAAAGCUCUUUUCAAAGAUUUGGAUGGAAGUGCCCUAGGAUUGGAUUCACCUGUAUCAGUUUUCCAAAAAUCAGAAUUGGAUUGUGAACAAGCAUGCCAGGAUGCUGAGCAUAGACAAGAUGACACUGAUGGAGAUACUGAGGAUGAAUACAGCAAUGAGGGGAAAAGCAAAUCUUAAAUCCGAAACAGGUAGAAAUAUGGCAAAGAGAUUCAGACAGAAAUCUUCAUCUUCAUAUGAAUAUAAGAAGCAAGAACUAUGGCACAAUUAGACUGGUUACAUUUUUUUUAUUAUAGCCCUUCUCAAUAAAAGUAGUCUUAGUUUC